AAAAGAUCGACAGAAAGAGUUCUUUACGUCCGAGUUAAUGUUUUAUCAAUCAAUCAGUUGAAAAUCAACCGUCAAUUUGUUCAGAUUAUUUUUAUUCCUGUCUGUAAUUUUAUUAAUAAUUUUUCACCCAAAUUCUCAUUGUUCACAAUUGUGUUCGUCUCUAUAUUGAACGGUUGAUAUUUUUAUUGUUUUGUGAUUUUAAAGUAGUACCAUUUGUUACCCAAAAAAAUUGUAUUUCUAAACGGAACACGUGGAAAAAAUGCAAUUUUGGACGAAAAACUCUCUGCAAGUAAUCGUUUUUAUACUUCUUAAUUAUAUCGUGUCUGGAAACACUAGGCCAGAUGAUGCAUUUGAAAUUCAUUCUAAUCCGUACCGUGACAAUGAAGCAUCGAGCCAUAGGACGAAACGAUCGUCAGCACAAGAUCACAACACAGAAAACGAAGAGUUCUUUUGGAAUUUCGGAGCACAAUUGACUUUGCAGGAUCGUUUAUCGAUUCAGAUGAAUCGAAAUAUUGCCAAAAAUAUAAUCUUGUUCAUUGGAGACGGAAUGUCUUUAUCGACUGUAGCAGCUGCACGGACAUAUUUGGGGCAAUUGCAAGGCAAUACCGGAGAAGAAACCACAUUAUCGUUUGAGGAGUUUCCGAAUAUUGGUUUGUCUAAGACGUACUCUGUAGAUGAGCAGAUUGCUGAUUCAGCUGCCACAGCCAAUGCAUAUCUGUGCGGAGUAAAAACUAAUUCUGCAACGAUUGGUGUGACUGGUCGUGUAAAAAAGAAUGACUGUUUCGCGGCGAAUAAUUCAAAAAAUCGACUGACCUCCAUAGCACGAUGGGCUCAACGCUCUGGCAAAUCUACUGGAAUAGUGACAACGACAAGAAUUACACACGCAAGUCCAGCGGCAUCGUAUGCAAAUGUAGCGAAUCGAGACUAUGAAUGUGAUGCAGAUGUGAUGAAAUACAAUCAAGAUCCUGUGGAAUGUGGAGAUAUCGCAGCCCAACUAAUCAAUGGGCCAACUGGGCGUGAAUUUAAUGUAAUUUUGGGCGGUGGUCGUUCAAAAUUUUUGCCCAUAGAUGAGUGUGACGAAGACGGUAAACGAGGGCAAAGAUUGGACGGGCUAAAUUUAAUCGACGAGUGGCGUAUGGAAAAGGAAAGUAUUGGAGGUGUAUACGUUCACAAUCGAAGUGGUUUGGUGAGCUGCGACUUCAACAAAACCACUUUCUUGCUGGGACUUUUCGCAUCGGACCAUUUGGAUUAUCAUUUGGAAGCGAAUCAUGACAAACAACCGACUUUAGCCGAAAUGACUGAGGCGGCCAUUAAAAUUCUAAGCAAAAAUAAGAAUGGCUUCUUUCUGUUCGUCGAAGGCGGCAGAAUUGACCAUGCACAUCAUUCGACCCAAAGUAGGAAAGCUUUGGACGAGACAGUACAAUUGGCGGAAGCUGUGCGAGUCGCUACAGAACUAACAGAUUCAAGUGAUACACUCAUUGUAACUACAUCGGAUCAUUCUCAUACUAUGACAAUGAGUGGUUAUUCGUCCAGAGGGAACGACAUACUUGGAUUGAGUACAUCACUCGGAGGGGAUAAAUUAAAAUACUCAACCCUGUCCUAUGCAAAUGGUCAAAGAAACUACAUGACUUCAUCGGGUACGCGACUGGAUUUGACUAAGUUGGAUAUGGAAGAUCCGAACUUUCAUUUUCCAUCAAUGGUACCUCUGAGUAGUGAGACGCAUGCAGGUGAAGAUGUAGCAAUUUACGCUUCAGGACCAUGGUCUCAUCUUUUUAGCUGUGUUAUGGAACAGAAUGUGAUUCCUCAUAUGAUGGCCUAUGCUUCAUGCGUUGGUGAUAAAUUGACUGCCUGUAAAAAGAAUUAUAAGGAGCAACGACAGAAAUAAAAACCUUUUUAAGAC